AUGUCAAUUCAAGGAACUCAGGGCGGUGGAAAUAGAUUUCCUGGGGUCGUGGCCGCACCCUUCGCCAUGGUCAAGCUUGGACCUGACGUUCAGAACAUGAACACCGACGCAUACUCUGGCUAUCUCCCCGAAGGCAACAUCUUUGGCUUUAGUAUGAUGCACGAGUCUGGUACGGGAGGAGCGCCAAAAUACGGCGUCGUAAGUCAGAUGCCAGUGGUCGGUGAGGUGCCGGACCCCCUUGCAGAUCUGUCACAACCACGAGCAUCACCAGAUCAAGGGAGUCUUGGAUAUUACAAGUCAUCGCUGGCGAACGGCAUUUCAGUAGAGCUUGGUGCUACCGAGCAUGCCGGGCUUUACUCUUACUCUUUCCCAAACGGCACAUCGUCAUCUAUUGUGGUCGAUGUUUCGCACGUACUUCCCAGUUUUAGGGGUCUUGGUUGGGAACAACACUAUUCGGGUGGUGGCUUCAGGAUCGAAGAAGAUGGGCACUACGAAGGAUACGGUGUCUACAACAACGGUUGGAACUUGUCGCCAGAUUGGACGAUCUAUUUCUGUGGCAAGUUCAACCAGCAACCCCUACGAUCGAGAACUUUCAAAGGAAAUGCCAAUGCAUCAAGCACCCCGGUAUCAGGGACCGCUCGUCUCGGUGGCGUGUUCACGUUCACGGGACCGGAAGUAACAUCUCGAGUCGGCAUCUCCUUCAUCUCUUCCUCUCAGGCUUGUUCAAACCUAGAAGAAAUAACCUCAGACACCUCCCUCACCACCCUCGUCACCGCCGCAAAGAACAGAUGGAACACCGAAAUCCUUAGCAAGGUGAAAACCUCCUCUUUCGACACGUCCGACCUAUCCCUCAUCUACAGCGCCCUCUACGGCGCCUUCCUCAUCCCCUCGAACCGAACGGGCGAAAACCCAUCCUGGACGUCCACCGAACCCUACUACGACGACAUCUUCACUUUCUGGGACACGCACCGCUGCCACACCUCCCUCUUCCACAUCCUCCAACCCACCGCCUACGAAGAGUUCCUCCGCUCUCUAAUCGACAUCUGGCGCCACGACGGCUUCCUCCCCGACGCGCGCUCGUCAAACUACAACGGCCGCGUACAAGGUGGAUCGAACGCCGACAACGUACUCGCAGACGCUUAUAUCAAAGGCGUCCGGGGCGCGAUAAACUGGGACGAUGGUUUCUCCGCUAUGCGUACAGACGCUGAAGUCGUCCCACCCAACAACUUCGACCCCCAAGCCCCUGAUUCCUCAACCAAGGAAGGACGAGGCGCACUUCCAGACUGGCUCGAGUACGGAUACAUAACACCAGCCUUCACCCGCGCCGUAUCGCGUGCCGUGGAAUACUCAACCAACGACUACGCCGUGCACGUCGUCGCCGCCGGCCUCGGCAAAACCUCCGACGCAGAAACCUAUGUAAACCGCUCCCGUAACUGGCGUAACCAAUGGGACCCCUCCGCCUCAUCUCACAACCACACCGGUUUCCUCGUCCCCCGCCUCGCAAACGGCGAGUUUCUACAACAAGACCCCGCCGACUGCGGUGGCUGCUACUGGCCCGACGCGUACUAUGAAGACAAUAGUUGGAUCUACAGUAUGAACGCCAUCCACGACGUCGCCGAGUUGAUAAGGCGGGUAGGCGGCGACGAAAAGUUUGUGGAUCGUUUGAACAAGAUCUUCGAGUUGGGGUUUUUUGAUGCCGGGAAUGAACCUAGUUUUAUUACGCCGUAUCUUUAUAAUUUCGUCAGGGGGGAGCAGUGGAGGAGUGUGGAGAGGAGUAGGGGUGUGUCGGACUUGUAUAAUGAGGGGGUGGAGGGGUUGCCUGGGAAUUCGGAUGCGGGGGCUAUGGAGGCGAAUUUACUCUGGCAGAUGAUUGGUCUUUACCCGGUGACGGGGCAGACUACGUUUCUUGUUCUGUCGCCUUGGUUUUCGGAACUUGUGCUCGAUCUUGGGAAUGGGAAGACGCUUACUGUUACUACUGCUUUCAGCGAUGGGGGCGAUCGGAAUACCGCGCCGUACGUACAGAGCCUGAAGGUCAAUGGCGAAACUUGGGACAAAGCAUGGGUAGCUUGGGAAGAUGUCUUUGAGAAUGGAGGUACCAUGGAGUAUGUCAUGGGAAGUAGUCCAAGUCACUGGGCGACAGGAGAUCUACCCCCUAGUCCAGCUUCGACAUAG